CAUGCGCCAAGGCCCGUCCGGGUGCACACAAUGGAGGUGGAUGUACAUAGACACGAAUGGCGAGUUACAUAGGAAGCCCUGUCGGGCAACAGUUACUUUAAUUCAAGAGCAAAUAGACCCAGCGAGGUUGAGGUCGACAGCGACUGUUUCCGUUUCCUCAUACCGGGUUAGAGCGACAGAGUUCGGCUUGAGUUGAGCUCAGAAACGCUGUCGGUGCGGCAGCCUUCCCUCUCCCGCUAGUUGUCCUUUUUCACCUCUUUGUCCAGAAGUGCUACCGUCCGGUAGAUGACAGGGAAAAUGUCAGAGGUAAAGAUCUCACAGCGGAAGGAGAAGUGUGAAAACUGCACCAAACAGUGCAACAAGAAGCAGGCUGAGGACAAAGCCAUCUCAGACCUGGAGACUCAGGAAAUCAAUGGACAGGUAAAAGAAGGUCCCCAGCUGCUGCUCAGUGCUUGCCUCUCCUGUGACGGCUGCCUCUCUGAGGAGGACACCCUGAGGAUCACUCAGCAGAACUUGGAGGAGGUGGAGCGUGUUCUGGCCCUCAAUAAGAAAUGUGACGCAUCGAAGCACAAGGUGGUGGUGGCGUCGGUUUGUCCACAGUCGCUGCCUUUCUUCGCCGUCCAGUUUGGUUUGGAUAUUACCGAAGCCGCCCACAAGCUCUGCUGCUUCCUCAAGAGUGUCGGAGUAAAGUUUGUGUUUGAUACCACCGUGGCAGCAGGCUUCAGCAUCUUAGAGACCCAGAAGGAGUUUAUUCAGAGGUAUCGCAGGAGGCACCAUGACUCCCACGCCUUGCCCAUGUUCACCUCCUCCUGUCCAGGCUGGAUCCGCUACGCUGAACGGGUCCUGGGCAGCCUGGUCACUCCUCAUAUCUGCACGGCCAGAUCCCCCCAGCAGAUCAUGGGCUGCCUGGUCAAGGAUUAUUUCUCCAAGCAGCAGAAGUUGAGUCCAGACAAGGUUUAUCACAUGGUGGUGGCUCCCUGCUUUGAUAAGAAGCUGGAGGCCGUCAGGGAGGAGUUUUACAACAGUCUAAUGGAGACCAGAGACGUCGACUGUGUCCUCACCUCAAAGGAGAUCUAUCACCUGAUGGAGAAGAGGAAAGUAUCAGUGGAGGAGCUGGACUCUGUUCCACUGGACCAAGUGCUGGGAGAAGGUGGGGAGGAGGCGCUGAUGAGGCACGAUGGCAGAGGCUCUGAAGGAUUCCUGGAACAUGUUUUCAAACACACGGCUAAAGAGCUUUUUGGUCUGGAUGUGCAGGAAAUCACAUACAAAACCCUCAGGAAUCGGGAUUUCCAGGAAGUGACGUUGGAGCGGGACGGGGAAACACUACUGCAGUUCGCCGCCAUCUAUGGUUUCAGGAACAUCCAGACCUUGGUGCACCGGAUGAGAAAAGGCCGUGUGCCUUACCAGCUGGUAGAGGUGCUGUCCUGCCCUGGAGGAUGCCUGAGUGGCCGAGGUCAGGCAGAGAGUGAGGCUGUUGGUCGAGUGGAUAAAGCCCUGGUUCAGCAGAUGGAGGAGGUCUACAGUAGCCUGCCAGUCCGCCUACCAGAACUGAACCCCAUCUUAAACACUCUGUAUCAGGACUGGCUACAAGGCCAGGACUCGCCGCAGGCCAACAAGCUGCUUCACACAGAGUUCAGAGGCCAGAGUCAGUCUCACACGCAGCCUCCACACAUGCAGUGGUGAUCAAACCGCCUCUGGUUCUGUCCAGAAGAACUCUGCUCACAAUCCUGAACCGGUUAAGAGCAAGUUUCAGACCGUGCAGCAUAAUAGGCCUCAUGAUGUCUCUGCAGGUUAUUCAUCCUUUCAACCAUAGGGGGGCGCUGUCUCCUUUGAGACAGUGGCCCGUUAUGUGUUAAACCUUAAGCUAAGAAGAUAUGAGGUCCACAGCAGUACAAGCUUUCCAUUCCUGCUCACUGGAGCAGUACCAGCAUGGAUCAUAAACAGAUAAACCCAUGAUUUUCCAGAUAAUCUGGAGCAAGCUGGAUUAUUUUAUCCGUAUGCAGGACCAUGCAGUGACUUGCGGUCCCAAGGUGGAAAUGGGAGCAGUUUGAAUAUAUUGCCAAUCUAUCAUUUUACUUUGGAAUCUGCUGUUUUAUUUUAUGUUGCAGCGGUUUGCUUCGUUGUUGUCAUGACGACAGACACAAACUGUGUCCGAAACAAAGCUAGCUAUGCAACAGCAUCUUAUCUCUACAGAUCCAGUAAACAGAGGGGUUGAAAAGUAGUUGUUUUAAGUGGUACUCAUAUUUUUAUUCAGGUUUCUUCCAGCUCCACCAUCCAUUUUUUUUAAAUUAUAUAUGUGUUUAUGCGCAAGGAUCCAACGUACCUGUAACAUAUAAAGAAAUAAAG